AAAUCUAAAAACAAAAAAGCGGUAAUAAGCUAUAAUCGCACUUUGAAUUCACGUGUGAAAUAUUAUUACUACUGCUAUUUCAAGCCAUCACCAUAAAAAGGUAACGAAUUGUUCGUACACUAGUUAUAUUAUGUAAUCUUUUUUGUGUAGUAUUUAUUAUAGUCGCGUACCUUGUAUCUACAUAAAAAAUGUGUCUGUUAACAACUUAUCAACCAGAAAUAUUUUUCCGAUUAUCAAAUUUAGAAUCGUUCGUCAAUUUGUAUUUUUCUUAACAGUAAGGAAAUUAGGAAAAUUUACAAAAUAAGGGUUUCCGUCAUUUUCGAUUUUAUAUUUUGUUGUAAUUCUAUUAAAAAUAAUAUUGUAGAGAACUGAAAUGUUUACUCAAUAUUUAUACUAGACAUUUAUAGACGUAGUCAAAUUUUGAAAAUUAUUUUUAAGCUUUUUAUAGGGAUUUGCUAUUUUCUAAUUUUUAAAUGGAUAAGAUAUUCUCAACCGAACUUUAGUCAAAAUCGUGACUAACGUGCAAUUUUGUUUUUUCGUUGUAACUCAAGUUAAAAUAUUUGUAAAGACUUGAUAUUUUGAUAGAAAAUGUGUACUUAAUUUUUCUAGACGUGAUCAAAUAUUUAAAAUAUUUUUGUGCUUUUUUAGUUAUUUUUAAAACAUUUUAAUUUUGCAAAUUGUUUACGUAAUUUUUAUUUAGUAGGUACGCUGUAGAUAAAUUGAUAAACCUAACAAAAAUGCUUGACAAUUUUACAGGAGGUUCAUUAAAAAUCGUACUUUGUGAUCAGAGAAAAAAAAAUUGGAGCUUAAAUUGACCAAAAUCGUUUGAGUAAAAAAUGAUGUAGAACAAAUCUAAUCACUGGUAGAUGUAAAUUUUUCAAUGUUUUUUGUUUUGAACAUAUUAUAUAUAUUGUCGAUUUAAAAACGAUAGUGAAAUUAAAAUUAAAUGGACUGACUUAGUUUAGAAAUUAUAGCUGUUUGAUGUUCUGAUAUUAUGUAGAUGUUAUAUGUUUUAUGUUAAAUAACUCAAUAAUAUCAAUAUCAUAGAAUAUCUGUCGUAGUCUAGUAGUGGUAUGUAUCUGUUGUCAACAUAGAAAUCGCGGAUUCUGUAAAUAUUUUUUUGCAAAACUACGUCGGGUAGUUAAUAGGGAAAAGUCUAACACAUCUUUUUUCAAAAAAUAAAAUUGAAUGUAAUUUAGUAUUUUUAUUUUUGUUUUUUAAAAGUUUUAAAAUCGAAAUUAUUGCGGCCUUGCAAUACUUGUAUAAUCAAACUUCGCUCCGAAUCAUUUUUCGUUAUCAAUGGUUUAUCAUUGGUUAGAGGUAUAAAUGUAAUAACUUUAUUUAUCUCACUUUCCCCACUUCUCAUUCACAGUACCCGUUCCCAGUAUCAACUCUUCAGUAUUUAAUUUUAGCAAUAUUUGUUUGAAUCUAUAAAAAUACUUAAAAGUUUGAAACCAAAAUUCACUGAUAUUUUUUUGUAGUUUAAUUUGGUUUUAUCUGGAUAUAAUUUUUAUGAUUACAAUAAAAUACGGUUGAUUGAAAUUGCUUUUGUAGUUAAAAAUUAAUAACAGUUUUCAAUUUAAGUUUAUCAAAUUACGUUUAACCAAAUGUUACUCAAAAUCAUUUUUUUUAGUAAUGAGUCAUUAUUAAUCAGUAGUUAUUAAUGGUAAAUCAUACAGAUAUAAAUUAAAUAACUCUAUAAUAUAAAUUGUUUUUUUGUUUUAUUUUGAUUAGGCAUAAAAUAAUGAAUGAUUUCGUUUUGUUAUCUUCGGUCGCCUUGUUGAUGCUGCAGUUAGGCAGCAGCUGCGGUGUCAAUGUCCCUCCUGGUCUGCCAUAUUAUGGCGACAUGACCUUUUGGCAGCUGGGAGGAGAAACGGCCUGCGGAACCUAUCAGAGCAAUGACGAUUCGGUUUGCGCGAUUAAUCCUAGUCAUUGGACAUCGCCUAAUCCUCAUUUUGAUCCCGUAUGCGGUAAAUUGAUAAAGAUAUGGGAUCCAAGUACUUCUCGUUCUAUCGAAGUUACAGUUAAGGAUAAGUGCGGCAGUUGUUCGGACAGCGACAUUGACGUAUCACCGACCUCGUUCACUAAACUCCAACCCUCAAGUGUCGGCAGACACAAAGUAUACUGGGGUUUUAUUCAUUAAAUUAAACUAAUUUGUUUAGAGUAAAACUUUGGAAAUAAAUCUAAUAUAUAAUUAUAUAUUUUGUCACUUUAUUUACAGAUUUUUUAACAUAGGUUUUCAUUUAAGUAUUUGAAAAUCAUUAAUUAUGGAAAAAUAGUCGAUGUUAAACGUGUGAAUUGCAGUAGGUAUGGUAUAUAAGUAAACACUAAACAUGUUAUAAUUCUAAAAAAGAACAUUUCGUUAAAAGUCAAUACCUAUUUCCUUCUCGAGAUAAUGAGUGUUCUGUGUUAAAAAAAAUCACUCUGUUGGUCCUAUGACGCAUAUUUUGUACCAUUUAUAUAAUUAUAUCAUAUACUUAUAAGCAGUAUACUGUCUGUCAAAAAAUUUGGGGUGGGGUUUAAAAUUUUAAGGAAAAACUGAAAAAAGGACGUCAGUUUAUUUUAUAAUUAUAAAUAAUAAAAUAACAAAGUAAAAACAAAAUUAUUAAAAUGGUUAAUACUCAUAAAUAAAUAAAUUAAAUAAUAUAUAAAUUAAAAAUGUAUACAUAAAAAUAAAAUAAAUAAAUGAAACAAUGCAUCACCUGGAGUAUUUUAAUAAGUGUAUUAUACGACCGAUUUCGAAUUAAAAAUUCAUCAUUAGGUAUAUCACAGUCAAAAUAUAAAAUGUGAGUCGCAAUAUGGAAGUUUAUCAACGCGCUAAAAAAUGAACAAAAACUUAAUCGUUUAAAAAUGCAUCAAUUUUUGGCUGGAACAGAAUCGAGACAAAAGCUUAAAAAAUAUAAAGACACAGCUUUUAGAAUCAAAGCAAUCUCUAAUGAUUUUGAAAACCGCAAUAUAAAUGAUUUAUUGAAAGGCAUUGCUCAAAAUUUAUCAUUAUAUUUCAAUAAAAUGAAUGUAUUAAUAUAAUGUCUAAAUGUUCGUUUAUAAUUUUAUGAUUUACACUAAUUUUUAUUUUUG